UUUUUGGGGGAGUGGGCUUCUAAAUUAGAAGUUGGUCUCUCUCCCUCACACGCAUACACACAAGUAUAGAGUUCAGUACUCGCACGCACGAAGGAAACCCUCGGUCUCAGAGAAGCCGAAUCCAUGGCCAAGCCAUCUGAUCCACAGGCAUCCUCAGAUGAAGUCCUAUCCGAUGGCACCAAUUCGUCGGAGGAGGAUCAGGUCAACGAUCAGAUCAACGAUGAAGAGGACGAAGAGGAACUCGAAGCCGUAGCACGCUCGGCCGGCUCCGACGAUGACAAGUCUCCCGCCUCGGACGACGACGACGAACCCGCCGUCGCCGAGGAUGGCGAUGCCGAGGAAGAAGAUGAGGAUGGAAAUGAAGUAUCCGGUGCGGACAUUAGCAAGCGUGAGAAGGCCAGGCUCAAUGAAAUGCAGAAAAUGAAGAAACAAAAGAUUCAGGAAAUAUUGGAUGCUCAAAAUGCUGCAAUUGAUGCUGAUAUGAACAAUAAGGGGCCUGGGCGCUUGAAGUAUCUCCUGCAGCAGACUGAGUUGUUUGCACACUUUGCCAAAGGCGAUCAAUCUGCAUCUCAAAAGAAGUCAAAAGGAAGGGGUCGCCAUGCAUCAAAAUUAACUGAAGAGGAAGAAGAUGAAGAAUGCCUUAAGGAGGAAGAGGAUGGUCUAUCUGGGGCAGGAACCACACGGCUGUUGACUCAACCCUCUUGUAUUCAGGGGAAAAUGAGGGACUACCAACUUGCUGGGUUAAACUGGCUCAUACGUCUUUAUGAGAAUGGUAUAAAUGGAAUCCUUGCCGAUGAAAUGGGCCUUGGUAAAACGUUACAAACCAUCUCUUUACUGGGCUAUUUGCAUGAGUUCAGAGGAAUUACUGGCCCUCAUAUGGUAGUUGCUCCAAAAUCUACCCUUGGAAACUGGAUGAAUGAAAUUCGGCGUUUUUGCCCAGUUUUGCGUGCUGUAAAGUUUCUUGGAAAUCCUGAUGAAAGAAGACAUAUACGAGAAAAUUUACUGGUUGCUGGCAAGUUUGAUGUCUGUGUAACAAGUUUCGAAAUGGCAAUUAAAGAGAAGUCUGCCUUGCGUCGCUUUAGCUGGCGCUAUAUUAUCAUUGAUGAAGCCCAUCGGAUCAAGAAUGAGAAUUCCCUCCUUUCAAAAACAAUGAGGCUAUAUAAUACUAAUUAUCGUCUUCUCAUCACGGGUACACCGCUUCAGAACAAUCUCCAUGAACUUUGGGCCCUUCUCAACUUUCUUCUGCCAGAGAUAUUUAGUUCUGCUGAAACUUUUGAUGAAUGGUUCCAAAUUUCUGGUGAAAAUGAUCAGCAGGAAGUUGUUCAACAACUUCAUAAGGUGCUCCGUCCUUUCCUCCUCCGAAGAUUGAAGUCAGAUGUUGAGAAAGGUUUACCUCCAAAGAAGGAAACAAUUCUUAAGGUGGGUAUGUCACAAAUGCAGAAACACUAUUACAAGGCUUUGCUGCAGAAAGAUCUUGAAGUUGUUAAUGCUGGUGGAGAACGUAAGCGUCUUCUGAAUAUAGCAAUGCAGCUGCGUAAAUGCUGUAAUCAUCCAUAUCUUUUUCAAGGUGCUGAACCUGGCCCUCCUUAUACAACAGGAGAUCAUCUUAUUACAAAUGCUGGUAAAAUGGUUCUGUUGGAUAAGUUGCUUCCAAAAUUAAAAGACCGUGAUUCUAGGGUCUUGAUAUUUUCACAGAUGACAAGGCUUCUGGAUAUUCUUGAAGAUUACUUGAUGUUUCGUGGAUACCUAUACUGUCGAAUUGAUGGGAAUACUGGUGGAGAAGAUCGUGAUGCUUCCAUUGAUGCUUUUAACAGGCCUGGGAGCGAGAAAUUUGUUUUCUUAUUAUCAACAAGAGCAGGUGGCCUUGGCAUUAAUCUUGCUACGGCUGAUGUUGUCAUUCUCUAUGAUAGUGAUUGGAAUCCACAAGUUGAUCUACAAGCACAGGACCGUGCUCACAGGAUUGGUCAAAAGAAAGAAGUUCAAGUUUUUCGGUUCUGCACAGAGUAUGCCAUUGAGGAAAAAGUGAUUGAGAGGGCUUACAAAAAGCUUGCACUUGAUGCUUUGGUGAUUCAACAAGGACGAUUAGCAGAGCAGAAGACUGUUAAUAAAGACGAGCUGCUUCAGAUGGUGAGAUUUGGUGCUGAAAUGGUUUUCAGUUCCAAGGACAGUACAAUUACAGAUGAGGACAUUGACAGAAUUAUAGCAAAAGGAGAGGAGGCGACUGCUGAGCUCGAUGCCAAGAUGAAGAAAUUUACAGAAGAUGCAAUCAAGUUUAAAAUGGAUGACACUGCUGAAUUGUAUGAUUUUGAUGAUGAGAAGGAUGAGAACAAGGUUGACUUCAAGAAACUUGUUAGCGAUAACUGGAUAGAACCACCAAAGAGAGAGCGGAAGCGAAAUUACUCAGAAUCUGAAUACUUUAAGCAAACAAUGCGUCAAGGAGGUCCGGCAAAACCAAGAGAACCUCGAAUUCCUCGGAUGCCACAAUUGCAUGAUUUCCAGUUCUUUAACACACAGAGGCUGAGUGAGCUCUAUGAAAAGGAAGUGCGCUAUCUGAUGCAAACACAUCAAAAGAAUCAGUUGAAAGACACAAUAGAUGUGGAUGAGCCCGAAGAGGUUGGAGAUCCAUUGACUGCUGAAGAGCUGGAAGAAAAGGAACGUUUAUUAGAAGCAGGGUUUUCUUCUUGGAGUAGAAAAGAUUUCAAUACCUUCAUCAGAGCGUGUGAGAAGUAUGGCCGAAAUGACAUAAAAAGUAUUGCUUAUGAGAUGGAAGGGAAAACAGAGGAGGAAGUUGAAAGAUACGCCAAAGUUUUUAAAGAAAGAUACAAAGAGUUGAAUGAUUAUGAUAGGAUCAUCAAGAAUAUCGAGAGAGGAGAGGCUAGAAUUUCACGCAAAGAUGAAAUCAUGAAAGCUAUUGGGAAGAAGUUAGACAGGUACAAGAAUCCAUGGCUGGAACUCAAGAUUCAAUAUGGUCAGAACAAAGGGAAGUUGUACAAUGAAGAAUGUGAUCGUUUCAUGAUAUGCAUGGUUCAUAAACUUGGGUAUGGGAAUUGGGAUGAGCUGAAGGCAGCAUUUCGCACUUCUCCCUUGUUUCGAUUUGAUUGGUUUGUAAAGUCUCGCACAACUCAAGAACUUGCAAGGAGGUGUGAUACCCUUAUUCGGUUAGUGGAGAAGGAAAACCAAGAGUAUGAUGAGAGGGAGAGACAAGCUCGUAAAGAGAAGAAGCUUGCCAAGAGCAUGACACCAUCAAAGCGCGCUCUUGCUAGGCAAACUGAAAGCCCCAUUUCCCAAAAGAAGCGGAAACAAUUGACUAUGGACAACUAUGUGAGCUCGGGAAAGCGGAGGAAAUGAUAUCUAAAUUUAAAGUUGCGAUUUCCUUUUCCCCAUUUUUUUGGGGGCGGAGGUAACACCUAUUAUAAUUCUAGGGUAGCAGUAGUCUGGCAAGGAAUGCCUGUGGUUUUCAUGCUUGAGUUUGUUAUAUCCCCUUAUUUUUGGGAUCAGGGUUCACCAGAAUCCAUCUCAUCACUGAUGGGUUAACCUCUUUCAAAAUGUUUUGGGUUACAAAUUUGAUUCGGGAAUUUUGUAUAAAUGAAGAAUGUACGAGGCCAUCUGUCCAAAUGUCACCACCCAUGACUCCAUGGUUGGGGGGUUCCAAUCCCCAACUAUUAGGGUUGAUGUCCCAUCUCAUAUAAACUACUGUCACCUGAUGAAUAUAUUGAACUUGCUCCUUAA